GGAGGGUUCACGGAUUCACCCUACUUCAACUGCAAGUCCAGCGGAACGCAACGCGUACUUCACGCCAUUCACAGACCGUUUGUUGAAACGCAAAGUUAGGUUGUGUGACCUACAAGGAGGAGUGGUUUUGAAUAAAUCUUGUUUUGACGAAGCUCAACAGUGAAGCCGAAUCUCUACAGACUCUUGUUUUACAGACCGGAGCGCUACGUUGUGAAAAAUACAACGUUUAUUUUUUUUUCCGCAACUCCUCUGAGUUAAAAAAAAACGGGUGCGAUACGCUUCAUACAGUACAUGUAAAAGCGUUAUAGUUUGCCAGGAGAGGUUGUCCAGGACUUCCGUUCGUUCUGAGAAGAAUUUCAAGUCAUCUUUCGGACUUCAUUCAAGAAGCAGACACUUUUUCAUCGGAGCGGAAAAACAAACGUUUAUUUCCAUGCAUCAAUGGGCCACGAUCUAGUUUAACAUCGCAGAACUUCGGGUCGGCUAUACAUCGAAGAACCGGAUCUCAUCCAUAAAAUACAAAUGGACAAAUGUCAAGGUUACUAUAGCGGAAAUCCGAAAACACUAUAAUUAAACAAACACGCCGCCUAUCAGCUGUUUGUUUUCCUUACCUCUAAUCUGAGAUGCUUUGUAGAUUGUUAAACUAACAAGCUCGUGGACGAUUGGUAUUGUGCUCUGUUCUGAUACCAUUGCUGGCGUUUCAUGCUUUCACGGGAUUAUAGUUUGAUUUAAGAUCUCUGGAUGGACGCAAACGACUGUAUUUCAUGUCGUGUGGAUUACUGAGAGAGAGAUACGCGUGGGAAUCGAGACACCUGAGCCGGAUACCUGUAACUUUUCUCUCUCGAAAGCUCUUCAUUGCGCUUUCGGUCGCUGGUUGACACGGUCUUUUUGAUUUAACUCUUAACUGGUUUGAUAUAAUGGACAUGCUAGCUCUAGAUAAAGUUCACCAGCAUUACAAUCCAACAGAUUCUCGCUGGGAAUUCGUCGCUGGACUGUAGACGUCUGUCGGGAGAUAUUUUGGAGGAGCGCUGUUGUUUAUCUUCACAAACAGGAUUUAUUCGUAGGAACUACGAUGUCCGUUAUACGCUCUUGGAUGGAAACUCUGUUGCUGUAUAUGUUCAUUUCAGAUGUUGCUGGUAAAGUUUCCCCUACCAGUUCCGAUGCCCUCUUCAGUGUCCCGGUUCCUAGUACCACCUCCAGCCCGCCAGAAGUUUACCUUCCUGCCAACUUUAAGCUCUCCAACACACAGUUGGCCUUCUUUCUCCAAGAGACCAGAGUUCCACCAUAUGGCAGCCAACGUGGACACCCUCUUCAGCGUUCAGAAAGCUUCGUGGUUUUCCAGACCAAGGAGCUGCCUGCAAUCAACAUCUCACUUGGACCUUUUACUCAAGACCAGACGUUGUCCAAGGACCUACUGCAGCCGGCAAGUCCUUUGGACAUUCCUGGAAGGCUGACAGUCAACUGGAAGGUCCGGGCUUUUAUUGUACAGUCUAGAGUUUUCGCUAGCAACCCACUUGUACAGGUGAUGUUCUAUAUCGCAGGACGGGACUGGGAUGACUUCAAGAUUCAGGACAAGCUUCCGUGUGUGAGGCUGCAUGCUUUUAGAGAUGUUCGGGAGAUCAAAACAUCCUGCAGGCUUCAAGGGAAUCUGGCGCAGUGCUUGGCCCAACUGGAUCUCCCUUCCACGUGGUUUAAUGUUAAUGUAGCACCACUGGGUCGCAGAAAGUCCUCAGGGACAGAUGGGCUUGAGUUGAGUGGGGAGACCCUUCAGGUGGAGCUUUACUACACCCUCCAUGACCCAGACAGCAAUGAUGAAUGUGGGGAGAGCAACCCACGUCGAGGAGGGGCAUCCAGAGGGGAGAGCUCAUCCCAGCAGCCCCUUCUCCGUAUUGGGAGCAUCAGUUUGUACCAACCCAGUCAGGAACAACUGGUGGUAGAAAAACAGCUUGACAAGAACCUCUUUCUGAGGCUACCAGAGAGGCCAUUAAAACCAGGAGAGACCCUCAACAUCUACCUGCUUCUGGUCCCAAAUUCUACUGUGGAGCAGUUUACACUCAAGGUGAAAGCAAAGAAAGGGGUAAACCUCCUUAGCACUAAGUCGAGGAGUAACCAGUGGAAGGUUGAAUGGGAUGUGCAGUCCGGAGCCAAACACUCCAUUGCAACAGUGGAAGCCAGCAAGAUCAAAGGAGUCCCUGGGGACAUGGCUGCCAGCAUUGAAAUUAUGCAGCUAGACUUUGAGAUGGAGAACUUCACCAGUCAAUCAGUCACCAGAAGAAUCAACUGGAAUAUUGAUUACCGUGGCCAGAAUCCAGCCUCGGAUGCAGAGAAGGUGGUCACAGAGCUGACGGUUGUGCAGAAGGACAUUCAAGCCAUCAUUCCACUUUCAAUGGACACUGAGAUUAUCAACACGGCAGUUCUUACCGGGCGAACUGUGGCCAUCCCUGUCAAGGUGGUUUCCAUAGAGCUGAACGGAGCAGUCACUGAUGUGUCAUCCUUUGUGCAGUGCAAGUCAUUCAACGAGGACAUCGUCAAGGUGUCCAUGAACUGUGACUAUGUGUUUGUGAAUGGGAAAGAGACGCGUGGCUCCAUGAACGCUCGGGUGAUUUUCAGCUAUGAGCACCUGAGUGCCCCUCUUGAGCUCACAGUGUGGGUGCCCAAACUGCCCCUUAAAGUGGAGCUCUCAGACAACAGACUGAGCUUCAUCAAGGGCUGGAGGGUGCCCAUCUUACCCGACCGCAGAACGGCCAGAGACAGCGAUGACGAUGAUGAAGACGACCGUAAAGUGAGCCGAGGAUGUACGCUGCAGUACCAGAGGGCCCAAGUGAAGGUUCUGACCCAGUUCCACACAACCUCUACUGAAGGCACAAACCAGAUGAUCACUAUGCUGGGUCCUGACUGGCAAGUGGACGUGACAGAGCUGGUGCAGGACUCUCUGAAGGUGGUGGAUGCCAGGGUGGCUGAGCUGGUGGACAGGACGGUGCUCGUGGCCAACGAGCUUGGAUCAUCCACUCUGAAGGUUGAAUCCCCACUGGCCGUGGAGGCGGUGCUGGGUGAAAUUCCGUUCUCUGUGGUUGACGACAAAGUGUCCAUAGUGGAGCUACGUGUUCACGCCAUCUCGGGACUGGCACUUAAUCUUCAACCGAGCCCUGGCAACAGCCAUACCAUGGUUGCCAAGGCAACUGGUCUGCAGACACUCUCCGCUCUUAAGCAGGAGGCCAGUCUGUCCAUCUGGGUUUACUACAGCGACAAUACCGCCGCCCCCCUGAGUAUGUACGACCCUAAAGACUACAACCUCAAUGCCACCACAGCAGACGAUAAGGUGGUUACGGUGGCUCAACAACCCCAACAGCGGUGGCCCGUCAUCGUGGCUGAAGGCGAGGGCACUGGAGAGCUGGUGCACGUAGAGAUGACCAUCUGCGAAACCUGCCAGAAGACUAAACGCAAGAGUGUCAUUGCUUCAUCGCCUGUUUUCGUCAAAGUCCGCUUUGGACCAGAUGAAGACUCUGAAGAGGAAGUGGAUCCAGAGACUGAAAUAGACACUAGAAUGCCUGCUAACACGAGAAGGCCCGCUAUCGAUUCCAACGUAGGUGGCGGAGGAUAUGAACCAUCUAAUGAGCAACCCGCAAGCGUGCCCAUUGAUUACACCAACUUUCCCACAAUAAGCAAUCCAGAGGAACCAACUGAAGAAGAUGAAGAGGACGACGAGUUUGUGCAAAGUCCUCAUAGCAUGACUGACCUCGAGAUCGGCAUGUACGCUCUCCUCGGUGUGUUUUGUCUCGCCAUACUGGUCUUUCUUAUAAACUGCAUUGUAUUUGUGUUGAAGUAUCGGCAUAAGCGCAUCCCUCCUGAAGGCCAAGCCAACAUGGACCAUUCCCACCACUGGGUGUUCUUGGGUAACGGGGAGCCCCUGCGCACCCAGAGUGAUCUCUCGCCUCAGACGGUGGAGAGCCCAAGCAACACCUUGGAGGGGGUACAGACUUGCUGUCAUGGGGACCACCACAGCAGCGGCAGCUCCCAGACUAGCGUACAAAGCCAAGUCCACGGCCGAGGAGACGGCAGCUCCGGCGGUUCCACCAAAGACCACGGAGAAGAGGCCAGCUCACCGACCUCCAAGCGCAAGCGUGUCAAGUUUAGCACCUUCACCCUUCCCACGGAGGACUUACCCUACAACUCCAUCCCCAUUGCCAACGAAGAGGACAUUCAGUGGGUAUGCCAAGACAUGGGCUUUCAGGACCCAGAGGAACUGCACGACUACAUGCGCAGGAUAAAGGAAAUAGCCUGAUCGGGCUGUGUGCUUUCUAAAGACGUUCCUUUCUAUUUUUCUCUCUUAAUUUUCACUCUAGAGGAGGUACCUUUCACGAGAAAAACAACCAAGGCCUAGUGUCCAGUUUUGUUGGGGUUUUCUGCACAGUGCUGUUUCCCUUACACAUUGACACUUGUAUGAACUUAAAAACAAAUAUUCAUGACGCUGCCAGGGAAGCCAAAGACGAGUCUAAGGGAUUCUAGCAAAAACGGCUUUAGCAGUGUGUGUGAUUGCUGCUCAGUAGUAGGGUGAGUGUACAAUCUUUAAGGGAAACAUAGAGUUUCAGUUGUAAACACUGAUAUCAAAAUGGAUUCCUGAAGUACUCAAUCAUGUGUGGGUCACCCUACUGUGGAUAGGAUCUUUCUCAGAGGAAUGCCUGGAGUCUUGG